UGGCUUCUGUCUCAAUUCAAUUUAAUCCAAUCAAUUCACCUCACUCUGUCCUAUACUUACCUAUAAGAAUGUUUUUUGGGGUGAAAACCAGCUGCUUCUUCCUGCUGAUACUGGCGUACGGAAUAUAGCAACAGCACCUCCUUUCACUCAUCAUGUGUCCAUGGCUCUCAAGGUCAAAACUGCUGAAACCAAGGUUGUUCUGGUGAACUUGUUGAUAUGCAUGGCAGUUUUCUACAUCGUGUACUAUGUGGUCCUAUAUGUGUGCUUCGCAGUAUUCAAGAUUAAAAUGUUGGAUGGCUUGGCACCUUUCGAUUUUAAGACAAAUCCCUCAUGGAUUAACCCAUAUUAUUUAGUUCUUGUGAUAUCAUUGGAAAUAACUUUCUUCAUUUGUGGUCUGCUGUUUGCCCUGGUUGUGGAAGAAUGGGUAUGGGAUUAUGCUGUAACAGUUACUGUUAUUCAUAUCAUCAUAACUUCAGUUGUUAUGUCUGAAUUCCCCCUGAUGUUACACUGGUGGCUGGCAUUAGGAUCUGGAGUGAUUUCAAUGAUUUGUGGAGGACAGAUUUUGGCAUACUGCUUGUUCAAAGACAACUUCAUUUACCCAAUUCUAGAUGACUUUUGAAAAGAAAAAUUAGAACUUGCCUUUGUAUUUAUAUGAAUUCUGUGUUUUUGUUGGCAACAUAAUUAAAAUGGAGUUAGCAACUGUCUAAUUGUAAGGCUAAUAUUUAGCUUACCAGACCUCUUGUAUCUUACAUUUGUUUGUAAAGUCAAUGUCAUCACUUUUAGCGGUUGCAUGUAAUCACUUUAUGUUUUGUAUGUACAUUUUCCAUUAAGCAAAUAAUUAGAUACACAGUCUUUUAUUUGAAAACAAAUAAAACAGAAGAGGAGUAGAGCAAUAAUGCAACAUUCUUGCAAAAUCCUACAAGGAAAAGGAAAAAACAGAUUUGAAUUUAGUAUUUUCAGGGUGCUUGUUAUCUAUUGCAUUUUAUGAAAUGCUGUCUCUAAUUUAGCCUGGAGUCUGACCUCUCACAAGUGCUGCAAAAAUUUAAAGUCACACUAUGUAGCAUAAAGCACUGUAGGUUGGAGCAGUCUUUACUAGAAAACCCUUGGCAAAGAGAAUCCAUGAACAGAACAUAGAUCUGCAUCUCUUACUGUAUUAAAUCUUUCACCUAGAAGCUGCCCAAGACAAUCGCAGGCAGACACACAAACCCAGUGUUCGGUUGACUCUUUUGCUUCCAGAGAUCCUACAGACAAAUGUUUUCUACAAUAGCUUCAGGCUAUUCUCUCUUUUGCUAAUGAUCCUUUUAUGCUCUGGCUGUGCUGGAAGGAGGAAAGGCAAAUGCUACCGACAGCCACUUUUUUACAUAUCUCUUUCUUUCUCCCCCAGCUGCAUAUGGCAAAUGACAAAAUGUGAAUCUAUGGGUACUGGUAAUUAAAAAACAACAAACAAACCACAGUAGUGCCUUCAAGUAACUCUUUAUCUCUUUAACCAUAAUAAAGUUGUAACAGGGAAAUUGCUAGAAGGCAACUUCAUCUUAAUUAUACCAGUCAUUGGAUUUCAACCAGAGUUUGCUUAGAAAAGCAAGACUGGAUUGCUCUUGGCACAGGAGUAUUAAAUGCUGCUUCGCCUUUAUCUUAAUCAACAGAUAAUGCCUCUGAAAAACCCAUCCCCUGUUGAUCUAAUCAACCAUCUUAACAUUUAUUGCAAGUUUUACAAUUUUCAAUUAUGAUUCAAUACAGAAAGUACAUAUAUGGUGAGAAGAACCUUUCAGAAGACUCCCAAAAGAAUGAGCUUGUCUCUCGUGAGUGACAGAUAUGUAAGUUAUUUUAGAGACAACCCACGUUUUAAAUCCAUAGCACUGAAUAGAUGUAGAAUUUACAAAUUGUUCAGCAUAACAUGCUGUGUACUGUAGUCAGCAGAGAUUGUUCCAGAAAGUGAAUUAACUGACCUGCACUGAUCACUGCUCUGAACCAUGGACCGUUUUUGGUUUGCUGGAUUUGUAUCCCAAUAACAUUACUGUGAAGGUAAUCAAUUGAUAUUAUGUGUUAGAAAAGCAUUUGCACAUUUCUUCCAUAUUUGUUUCAGUUCAGAACUAUAAAAAUGGAUGGAAAGGAAGUACUGUCUGCAGUGAAUUCAUACCUCUGUACUCAUCCUCAUACACUUUGUGUGUGUAGAUAGUGUGCCAUGUGGCAGAACAUGAGUGGAUUAGACAUAAAGUUAAUCCAUGGGUGGAAUAAGUUUCUAUAUUUAACUUGUCAGGAUUUUCCUCUAUGUGUGUCAGCCCAGAUGCAGCUUUUAGUAGCUCUGCUGCCUGAUCUUGACAUUUUAAAGUUUUGUUUUCUAUUUAAUACCUUAAAUCACUAGCAAGAGAUAGCUUCAGACCAAUAUGAAGAGUGCUUUAGUUCCAAGAUUUCUCCAAAGCACAUACAACUAGGCCAGGCCUAGAAAAAGAACCACAGUAAGUACUCUACUGGAGAUUAAAAGCCUUAGACUGGCUAUUAAAGAGUCAUUAGCAUUUUGCAUUACUUUCAGAUAUGGAAUGGUGAGACAAUUUCAACAUUAUUUAUUUCAUCUUUUCUAUCACUUUUAUGUUGAACACAAAUGACAAACGUUACACAUAAUGUUUAAAGUGUAGAAGAAUUUCAUAUUAUACAAAUAAAUAUUCAUCAUAUAAGCAAUAUGAGUUAUAUCUGUGUAGGCAUUACCAGGUCAGACGCCUUCAAAGAUAAUAGCUAAUACUGUGUGUUUUCUAUCCAACACAUCAAAAGAGUACUUUUGAAUAUGACAAACCUGGCUGUUUCUGGAACAAUAAUAAUGGGACCCACUUGAGCAAUUUGCAUGUAAUUAACUAAUAACAGUCAAGAUAGAGGUAAGAAAGAAGAACAGCUGGAGGGAAAGAAGGGUGUUGCGUAUGUUUCACAACAACCUCCCAAAGACUACAAGAAGACUGCUACAGAAAGCAGAAGGAAAACAAAGCUGAAACAGGGACCUGUGUUUGAAAAGAAGAAAUUAAUUGAACGCAAGAAAUGAAAAGACAGAAAUGGACAAGAUCAAUGAAAGAAGAAAAAUCUUCAGACUGGUUCCUGCCUCAGGAUUUUCAGAAUUCUUUGCUCUUUGAUUCAGCAAGACACAGGAAUAUUGUCUAAUUUAGUUAGUGCGGGCUUAGCAUUAAGUUAUUUAACCCUUUGUGAUACAGUCUGGUAGUCAAGGAUUUGCACAAGUAUCAGUGGGAGUGUAGACCGUCUAGAAAAAAAAAUGGAGACUUAAUUCACUUCCAGGCAGAGUCUGCAGGGAAGAAGGUUGAAAGUUGGAAACAUUAGGUACAGAAAUUAAUAGAACAGUAUACAAAUGCCAUACCUUAAUAAUACCAUACUUGGAGUAAUUUAAGACUUUUUUUUCAGAGGGAAGAAACUCCUUUUUAUCUUAUCCAGUCACCUACUGCAAGAGAUUAUUGUUCUCCUCAAUUCAACACUCUCUCCAAACAGCUCUGCAUUCAUUCCUGUUCCAAAUGGUGAAGUGACUUUCUCAUAAUAAAACAUAAGUGAAAUGCACUUUUUUUGGAGAUCUUAAGCACAUAUUCCUGGGCUAAUAGCACUGCUUUCAAUGCAAUGUCAAAGUGUAAAUCAAUUUAAAAAGUUGUUCUGAGAUCAACAAACUAACACAGACAUGUAAAACCAGCCAAAUACCAAACUGUGGAGUAGUUCAAUACACAGACAACGUAAUUAUUUUAGUUGGUGUUUCCAUAAAAAUAUAGAUCUAAAUACUUAUAAUUUCCUAGUUAAGUAAUGAGCUAGCUAUUCAAGGUAAGCCUGUCAUUUUCCACCUCUAUAAAUUAGUUGAUCAACAUUUCCAGCUCUUUUGCAUCCACUUAAAAAAGCAAACAAAACAAAACCCAGCAGUAAUUAUUUCUGUGCUCCUAAAAAUACCAACCACUGAUACACUAAUAAAUACAGAAAACACAGUAUGAAUAAUACUAGAUCACUACCAAUUGGUAGAUGAGACACCUGACUGCAGUCUCCUACACUGAAUAACUCAUGCAGAGGGUUCCUACAACCCAUAUACUUCUGACUAGAAAUAUCCAUUGUGACCAAGUGAGCUUUGCUGAACAGAGAAAAGAUGUGAAAGCUCAUUCCAUCAUCUGGUAUGUAUGUUGUCACACAAUAAAGUUAGGUCCUUGUUAAUCUCCACAGGUAUUUAAAGCUUUACUUAUAUAUUUUUUAUCUUCCAAAUGUCACUUACCGAGAAUAUUUAUUUCUUGGCUUAAGAUCCUGUGUAAUGAUCCAUCUGCUCAGUAAUGGCUAAUACUCUAAUCUCUCCUUUUUGUGAGCUAAUCACAGUCCCAGACAGCGUACACUCUCUUACUAGAUGUCAGAGAGGACAAAGGUCUUGGGAAUGGUUAUAAAAUUUGAUGAUGUAAUUAAUAACUUUUAUUAUUGGGUUUAAACCUUUCAGUGUGAGGCUAUGAUUUUAAGACACAAAUCCAUUUCCCAGUGUCUCCUUUGCUCAAGGAGAAUGAUACAAAUCCUUUCAGAGUGCUGAAUCCCUCUUCAGCACAAUUACACCUGUGUUGCAGGGCAGGUGUGAUCCAUGAUAGACUUACAUUCUUCUCCAUACUUGCUUUUGUUUAGGGGACCAAAUGAAUACCUUGCAGUGAUCCUCCAGUUCACGUACUCGGGUUUCCAUUGUAAAUGAGGGUGAAAGAAGAAAAAGAUGUGUGCUUAGAUGUGAUCCUGACAUGCAGUUUUGGCACAGCAUUGGCUUGGACUGGGGAUUUGGGAAGUGACAGUACAACAGCAACUAUGGACAACCAAAAUCUGAGGAAAGGCCUUGGCCCCAAGACUUUAAAGUUGCCUACCCCUAGAAAACAGGCACGAUCAAAUAUAAGGAUGUUUGUUGAAACUGGAGCCUGUAAAAAAUAAUCAAAGGUACUUUCAGUCUGCUGCUGUCAUUGUCCUAAAUCAAAGGUAGUCACAGCCUGGCCAUUACUCUUCCGAAUCUUUCAAUAAUAAUAAAUCCUAAUAUGAGAUUAUUUGCUGUGGAUUUGCAAACUGAUUUGUAAACAAAGGGUCUGCUCCCGCUUCUGAUAGCAAAGACCCCGUUAUCUCUAUUUGAGCAAUACUUUAGCAAAGGACAACUUAUAUAUAACCAGACCCUCUCUCAGAGCAAUCUUGUCACUAGAUUUUCAGCAGUAAAAGAAAAAGUGUUUAAACGAAAUAUGAGUGAUGGCAAAAUGCUCAAAUACAUUAAGAAUUGUCAGUUUCCUAGCAGUCUUCAGACACCUUUGAACUGAAAUUAUAUCUACAUGCGUAGCUUUCAAAAUAAACUGGAAAAAGGCUUCAAUUCAGUUCAUAGACCUUGAUGGGGGUCCACACAAAGACAUACCUUCAAAAAGGACAAAAAAAAAAGAUCAGUAUCUCUGAUAUCUCACGAGGUAUUAAAUGACAUAAAAAUUGUAGAUAGUAGCCAAAUUACAUGGGCAAAUUCUGCAGUAAACCAUAGGUAUACAAAUACAUUUAAAAUUAAUCUGGAUUGUAAGGAAUUGCUUUAACACUACUUCACCAAAAAAUUGUAGUGAAUCCUACAGAAGCUGGUAAUGUUCCUUAGCAAAGUCGCAAGAAACAGAAGAGCAGGCAGGGAGUGGUAAAGGUAAAGGGAAGAGGGCAUUUCAAGAGUGUAGAUUCUUCAGUACCCAGGAAGAAUGAAAGGGAACUUGUAGGAUACAAAAGAACUUACUCAGCUGGGAGCAAUUUUUCUUUCUAAUGGGAGAUGUGCUGGUAACUAGGUCCUGGCAAAAGUUUUCUGUACAUCAUUUAUACACAAGAAAAUUUGUUUUAAGACAGCCAAAACCAUCUGUGAACACAGUUAAAAAGAAAGAAAAGGUUAACAGUGUCUAUGCCUGUUCAUAUCAGUCCCAUUAGAUCUCAACUGUUCAAGUUAGACUCGCAAGGGUACCAACAAAGAGAGAAUAGGAGGGUUGCAAUGACAGUGGGUGCAUUCAGAUCUAAAGCAGUAAAAUCUCUAGAUUGAAUUAAUCAGUCAAUUAUUUGGUGUGCCUUGUUUUCCAAAGCAUUUUAAGCAUGCAAUCACUGCUUCAGAAAUAAAUUUUAUUUCCUGAACAUGUGUCAUUAAACACUUCAAGAAAAAUGCGAGUUGUAAUUGAAAAGCAGCUACUGUUUUCCAUUGUGAGGAAAUGAAACAAUGUUAGGUCUUCAGGUUUAAAGCAAAUAAAAUCAGUUUGGAUUAAAAACAAAGUCAUAUUAAAAGGAAAUUUUCACAUAAAAAUCUGCUUAUACCAGAAGGUGUUUUUAUUGAAAAAAAAAAAUUUCCCAGAUGAUAAUGUUUCAUACCUUAUUUGUUGUAUUUAUUUUUAGAAUGUGUUAUGUAUCACUAGAUAGCAUUUGCAGAUUGUUCCAGUUGCCGAGGUAACUACGUUAUUUUAAUGAUCGGUGCAGAAGAUCAUUAUGUAAAACAUGAUGUUAAUUUCAAACACAGAAAAUUGAUGUCUUGCUGUUACCUUGAAGCUCCACUUCCCUGCCCUCUUCCCCCCCAAGUGGCUUUUUCCAUGAAAAUUAAUGGUAUAGCUAAGUGCUCAAGGAUGAUUUGGGUUGGCUUUGGAGAUAACUAAGGCAAAAAUGACACCUGACAACCAAUGAGGGAUGAACAAAUUUCAAGCCGCUACAGUUUGUACGGAAAUAUUAUUGGAAAAAAUGUUGCACAUAUUCUUAACUAAUACACAUGAGCAGUUGGAGGGAAUUUUAGGAAGGCACAUCUUACUCUAAUUUCAUUUUUAAUUUUGAAAAAUAUUAUUGCUUAGCAAAUUAUAGUAUUGCUAAGCAAAUUAUAAAACACAUGUAAGUAUUGUCCGUGAUCAACUGACAUUUAACUGUUGCUACUUUUACUAGAUUAUACAUCUACUAGACUAUAUCAGCAGUACACAUGCCAUGCAUUUAUGAUUUUAUUGCAAUCAUAAGUGCUCUUUCUGAGGCUGCAGUGAGAACCUUGCUGAUGUUAGUAGGUCGUGCUGUGUUUCCAUUCCCAAAUCUGCUUUCCUCGUCAAAAAAAAAGUAUAUGUUUAAAAAUCAUCAAAACUAAGUCUCACACAAUUUCUAGGGCACGUAAAAGCAACUGCUCCUAUAGCUGACCAGUCUCACAAAUGCAAAUUGUCUCAGGCUACCAAAUGCAACUGAGUUUUGUCACCAAAAUCUUCUUUUGCCUCUUCUCCAGAUUUCUGCCUGCAGUUUGUGUUAAAUUAUGGACAUUUAAUUCUCUAGGUGGAACUGGAUGCUUUUAUGUAUUAGAACCCGAUAUGCUCAAGACAUUUGCUAGCUUCUGUAUUCUCCUGAUACUUCAUGGCAAUCACCCAACAUGUUUUAGAGUCAGCGAACUGUUCUGACAAUACUGAAAGUGCAUUUUGAUAGAGACUACCUUUAUACACACUGUACCUCUUCACUCCAUGGAGCUUAUUUGAAUCCUUUCCAAAGGAUUUCCUCUGCAGGCAAAGCUCAGACUUCAAAAGGCAAGAGAUCUUUCUCAAAUUCUUUACCCAUAAUUACACCUACUACACUGGUCUUCUAUUUCAACCUCUCUACCCCAACUUCUCUGACAUGCUAAGGUUUGCCAAUUUAUAUACAUCACAAUGAGGACUGCAAGCUGAAAAUGUAAGAAUGUGAAAAAAAUACAGUUGUAUUAAAUCAGUUAGAUACUGUAAGAAGAGCAUACAAUAUAGCUGGGAAUAAGCCAUCUAUUAACUAACAGGAUUAGGAAUUAAUAUCCCCUUUCCAACAGCUUAUGCCUCACUUGUCCACUAUGUUUGACCACAUACUUUAUCCUGAGAAGCUUUGCUUUCAUCCUUAGCUCUUACCGGUCUAAAUUUUCAGUCUUUGGAAUGUUUUAAAACUUUCUGAUGAGUAACUUUCUGUUCGAACGUGCUGAUUACAUAAAAUCUAAAGAUUUCAAGGAAAGAAAUAUUCUUUUUAUUGAAAUUUGUUGACAGAAUGUAAUAAAAACAAAUA